AUGGCUUUUUUUUUUAUCUCCUUCCACAGGUACCUCCUGGUCAUGGGAUCUGUGGAGCCCUUGGGCCUUCUCUCCCGAUUGUACAUCUACUCCAUCCAUGGAUACGUGUGUGAAGUGCUCUUCACGGCUUGCAUGGACUUUGUCGUCAGCAGGGACUGGAGGUUCCGGGGUGUCUCCAGUGUCUGGGCACUCUUCAUCUAUGGAGUAGCCAUGUUGGGUGUAGAGCACAUGUACUUGUCACUGAGGUUCCACUGCAGCUUCCUCCUCCGCGCACUUCUCUAUACCUUCUGGGUGUACUUUUGUGAGUUCAGCUGUGGAUGGAUACUGAAGAGCUUGAAAGCCUGUCCUUGGGACUACAGUCACUACAAAUACAACUUUAAGGGCCUUGUGACCCUGGAGUACGCUCCCUUCUGGCUAUUAGGAUGCAUCUUCUUAGAGAAAUAUCUGAUUUGGUACACACUACACUUGCGUCUGGAUGGAAGCUGGGAACCAGAGACAGAAAGCCUGAAGAUGGACUAG